CGCAUUUGCUGCAGCACAUAAAACUCCAUGUGGAUUUAUUUAUUCACGUACUGGAAUUCGAUAUGAUGGCAAACCUAAACUUGAAAAGCAUUAUCAGCAUAAAGAUGAUACUUCUGAACCCAACUAUUUUAUUGGCUGUGAAAAGUUCAAAAAUGGUGAACGUGAUCAUCAGUAUCAAAGCUUAUCGGGACGAAUUAAUAUUAAAUAUUUAAAACAACUUUUUCAAGAAUAUACAUAUUAUAAUAAUGGAAUUACGGGAGAG